UCGCUCGAAGACUGGUUUUUUGGUGGUUCGUGGAUCCAAACUCAAGCCCAGCCCUGCCCCUGCGCAGGAGAAUUAAGCGAAGCCCCCUUUCUUUAGCCGAGCUACCCCCAUACGAGUAGAUCUCCAUGAUGUCGGCAGUCGCAUCCUACUGAAGCCGUCAUCCGAAUAAUAUUGCGGCUUGGUCUGAACUUUUGCCCUCCAAUGAUCGCCUCAACAGCUGUUUUAAUCUUUACUACUUGUUCCACAUGGCUGGUGGACAAGGGGUGACACGCCUUGGCACGCCACAAGGCAACGCCAAACGUCUCGGCCGGCGAUCAAGCUUCCAUCAAUCCCUGUAUUCUCGGGUCCUCUUACUGACUGUCAAACCCCAUACGCAAUUUUCUUGCAUAUGUGAUGAAAGAAGUGCAUAAGUUAAGGAAAAUACCCUAUGGAUCUGCGUAUGUGAGUCCAUGUAAAACAAAGCUCAUUUCAAACUCCACAGUUCGGAUGGUAUAAGUCACGAUGCCUUCCCACCUUUCGUUUGAGCCGCCCAGGACUGUUCCCAAACAUUACGCUCAUUCAUUAUCGUUCAUCUCAUUCUCAUAUUCAAUUCUAAUUCGUUGUGCUGGUCACUCAUUUAGUUCAACAUGUACAUUUCUACCUCAGUCCUCAGCCUUGCUGCCCUGAUCUCCACGGUUCUUGCCCAUGGCGAGGUCACCUCUCCUCCAGCCCGAAAGCCUGGACCUGCCAUGGACGCCGCAUGCGGUGAAUCAGUGUCUGCUCUCGUCAAGGCCGACACCACCAGCCACGUAGAAGACAUGCCUGAAGCCGCAGCGCUGAUCCCCGGAUUCAACUCGACUGCCUGCAACGUCUUCCUCUGCAAAGGUCAACAGUUCGCCGACAACACUGCCAAUGUUCAAAACUUCACAGCUGGCGAGAUCGUCAACAUGCGCGCCGUUAUCCCGAUUCCCCACGAGGGCCCGAUGAACGUAUCGAUUAUCGAUACCGCCACAAACACAGCCAUCGGAGAACCUCUGAUCAGCUUCGACAGCUACGCCGAUGAGUCUCUUGCGACUCUGCCAGCCAACAACACCGACUUCGAUGUUACCGUUCCUUCGGAUUUGGGUACCAAAUGCUCAGUGCCCGGUGCUUGCGUUAUGCAAUGGUUCUGGUUCGGUACUGGAGCUCAGCAGACAUAUGAAUCGUGUGUCGAUUUUAUCGUCGUUGACGAUGCCGCAGCUGCUCCAGCGACCGCUGCACCUGUAGUUGCUGCACCAGUGAAAGCUGCACCCGUUGUAGCAGCUCCUGUUGCAGCCCCUGUCACUGUUGUCGAUGAAGAGGAGAACGAUUCUUGUUAAGGAGCACCAGAGCUUGACGGGAGAUACGUAGCGAUGGGAAAUAAUAUCUUCGAUCCAGAGGCCGAGCAGAGAUGUGGGAAAACAGGGAGGUCGGGGGUACAGCACAGUACGACAACACAUACUUUCUGGGAUUGUAGAUUAGAUUUGACUGGGACUAUAUUUAACAAUUGACGUUGUAAUAUAAUAUCAGACGUGACGUGUGUCAAGCUCACCCGACGUGGAAUAAGAGUCUCUCCUCGAAUCGCACCAUAUUUUGUACUGAUUAGGGUUGAAAAUCAGAGAAGAGACUGAUUUAGCAACAUGGAACAACGACAAUGAUCGUGACUGGUGCUUUUCUUCCCAAAUCAGAGGAUUCUUGUUGCCAUGUUCGUGUGCCUUUCUCAGUGGGAGAAUACGCUGUCACGUGCGUCGC